AUGCGCCCCCUAACAGACACCGAGACCCAAACCCUCUUCACAAAACUCGCAAACUACACCGGCCGCUCCCUAACCCACCUCCUCACCGACACGACCAGCACCAACGACCGCCACGUCUUCCGCAUCCAGAACAGCCGCGUCUACUACGUGCGCUCCUCGCUCGCCAACCUCGCCACCUCCAUCGCCCGGCCCAACCUGCUCUCGCUGGGCACCUGUCUCGGCAAGUUCACCAAGACCGGGAAAUUCAGACUCCACAUUACCGCGCUCGAUGUGAUUGCGCCGCAUGCGCGGUAUAAGGUGUGGGUCAAGCCGAACGGCGAGAUGCCGUUCCUGUAUGGGGGGAAUGUGGUUAAGGCGCAUGUGGGGCGGUGGAGCGAGGAUGCGCCGGAGCACCAGGGGGUUGUGGUUUGCGGGAUGGAUGAUACGCCGUUGGGAUUCGGCGUCACGGCGCGAUCGACGGCGGAGGUCAAGAGGCUGGAGCCGACGGGCGUGACGUGUUUUCGGCAGGCGGACAUCGGAGAGUAUUUGAGGGAUGAGGAUACGUUGUUUGCGACUUGA